UCCUUCUCCUUCGCUCAAAGAGAAUCACACACACACAAACACCUAGAUACACACACUAGCUUCUGCUCGCCCUAUCAAUCGAGGGAUAUACCAAUCAAUAGAAUGGCAUCAGCUGAAGCUUCCCGUGAAGAAAAUGUGUACAUGGCCAAGCUAGCAGAGCAGGCUGAAAGGUACGAAGAAAUGGUUGAGUUUAUGGAGAAGGUUGCAAAGACUGUGGAUGUUGAGGAGUUGACGGUGGAGGAAAGAAAUCUUCUUUCCGUGGCUUACAAGAACGUGAUUGGAGCUAGGAGGGCAUCAUGGAGGAUCAUAUCUUCCAUCGAGCAGAAGGAAGAGAGCCGUGGGAAUGAAGAUCAUGUUAAGCUGAUCAAGGACUACAGGGGUUCGAUCGAGACUGAGCUAAGCAAAAUUUGUGAUGGUAUCUUGGGCCUUCUGGAGUCGCAUCUUAUUCCCUCUGCCUCAACUGCGGAGUCAAAGAUCUUUUACUUGAAGAUGAAAGGUGAUUACUAUCGAUACCUGGCUGAAUUUAAGACAGGAGCUGAUAGGAAGGAAGCUGCUGAAAGCACUUUAUUAGCUUACAAAUCUGCUCAGGACAUUGCUCUAUCUGACUUGGCUCCCACCCACCCAAUACGGCUAGGACUUGCACUUAACUUCUCAGUGUUCUAUUACGAGAUUCUCAAUUCACCUGACCGUGCUUGCAACCUUGCCAAGCAGGCUUUUGAUGAAGCUAUUGCUGAGUUGGAUACAUUAGGUGAGGAUUCAUACAAGGACAGCACACUGAUCAUGCAACUUCUGCGUGACAACCUCACUUUGUGGACAUCUGAUAUUGCGGACGAGGGUGGGGACGAGAUCAAGGAAUCGUCAAAAGCGGAGGAAAGCCAGUGAUGUUAGGAAAGGAAGGAAGGAAAAUAGUGUUUGUGUACCCUUUUUUAUAGGUCUUUGUAUUCGGAAUGAUUUCCGAUAGAUUGAAUGCUUGCUUGCUUUAUGGGUUUGCCAAUUGUUGUUUGGGAGUUGGUCUUUUCCUUUAAUCAAAUGCUGCUGGAUUUUUAGCCACUCCCCCUUUCUCAACUUAUUUCCUUCAACUACCUGUUCUAAAAUAUCGAAUGUUUGGUUUUAUACCCAAUAAAUAUUUGAGUUUUCCCC